AUGGAUCGUGAUCAAGUGGUGGCCUGCCUGCUGCAGGCUGGCAGUCCCAAUAAGGAACUGCAACUGCACGCACAAUCCCAACUGCGCGAAUGGGAGGUCAAGGCGGGCUUUCAUGCCGCUCUUGCCGAUAUCUUGUGUCAGCCCAACGCGAACGUCCAAACGGAGCAGCGGUACACAGCCGCCAUCGUGCUCAAGAACAAUGUGGAGCGCUUCUGGCGACCCAUGGCUCCCGACGCCAUCCCUGCUGAUGAACGCGCCUAUGUGCGUGGUGAGCUGCUCAACCUCUUGCGUGAGCCUCACGAAGGCAUUGCCGUCAUGUCGGCCCAAUUGGUUGGCCGCAUCGCCCGUAUUGAUGCCCCACAACAGUGGCCCGAGCUGAUCCCUCUCCUCAUCGAGCUGGUCCAGUCCAGUGACCCUCUUGUACAACAGCGCAGCUUGCUGUUUCUGUAUCGUGUGGAAAAAGCACUCGCCUCCCGCCGCCUACCUCCUCAACGCAAAGCGUUUGCUCAGCUGGCUGAGCAGCUGCUGCCCUUUCUAUUCUCAACUUAUACUCGCAUUGUUGAGGAACAAUUGCGUGCGGGCAGCCCAGGAGCUCUCAAUCUUCAGGCUUUGACUUUUGCCCGUCUCCUCCUCAAAACCAUCCGGCAGUUUGUUGCCUGGGGCGUUCAGGUCAAUGCAGCACACACAUAUCAUCCCACACAAUUUGCUCGUCACCUUAGCGUCAUCGUCGACUUUUACGGUGCACGUAUCUUCCCGCCGGCCGAUGCGCGCCACCCUUUAUCCUCCAAGUUUUUAACGACCGCCAUGCUCUUGUUGCGCGACAUCAUCAAGGCACCCGAUUACCAGAUUGAGCCACGCAAAGAAGUGCAGUCCGAAGCUGCACUUGCGCUCCAGUCGGCCUUGGACUACAACGAACGUGAGCAAUGGGAGACAGAUCCUGAGCUGUUUGCCACCGAGGAUAUUGGCGAUGGCUGGCGCUACGUCAUGAAGCCAUGUGCAGAGCAUCUCUAUCAAGCCUUGCUGGACAUGAAUGGCGAUGGUCUCGCACCCUACCUUCUCAGCUUGAUGCAGGAAGCGCUGGCGCCGACAUCCUCGCUAACUAUGAAAGACGCCGUGUACAAUGCGGUGGCCCUGAGCGCGUACGCUCUGCGUCGUCACUUGAACAUCAACGACGUUCUCGGCCAGCUUUUGCAAGAGUUUUCAGCUCAAACUGGCAGCCAGGAUGGCACAGUUCUUCAACGGCGAAUUCUAUUGCUUUGCCGCGCCUACGCCACGAUCAACAUUGCCAAGGAGCCACGCCCUGCCAUCUAUGAGUUGCUCAUCUCUACCAUCGGCAGUCACUCGGACGUGGCUAUUCGCUUGACAGCUUGUGCCACUCUCAAGGAGUUUGCUCAAGAUGUGGGCUUUGCAGAGGAGGACUUUUUGCCGUUGCUCAAGAAUGCAUUGUCCUGGCUCUUUGCGCUUUUGGAUGCCGUUGAGGAUGCCAGCGUGAAGAUCCACGUCCUAGCCUGUAUCACUGAAGUUGUCUAUCGUAUGCAAGACCAUCUCAAUGACCUCUCCACAGCUUUGGUCGAGUACCUUCCCGUUCUCUGGCAGCAAUCGCAAGACCAUGCGCUGCUACAGACCCAAAUUGUCCGCUUCAUGGUUACACUGAUCAAGGCUGCCAACGUGGCCAAUGAUCAGCUGGUGCAAAUGUCAGUGCCCUUGAUUCAAUAUGGUACUGAUCUUCAGCAAGGCGGACACGUGUAUCUGCUCGACGAUGUCGUGAUUCUUUGGCACGAGCUGCUCAAGGUGUUGCCUUCUCUAACGGAUGAAGUGCUGGGUCUCUACGAGGCACUGCCAACUCUGCUGCAGCAAGCAAAUGACAACGUGCGCACCUGCAUUUUGAUCCUCGAGUCUUACCUGCUCUUUGAGGACGCUCGCCUUGAGCAACUGUAUUCCCAUAUCUGUGCCAGCCUGCCGCAACUCUUUGCCACCGUUCCACGGUCACAACUGGAUCUAGUGACAAGGGUCUUUCAGAAUGCCUUGGGGUUACCUGGGUUGGCUCAGGGGCUGGCUCCCUUCGGAGGCCAGCUCUUUACGCGAAUCAUCACUGAACAAUCGCCCGACCGCCCGUUUACCAACGCCAUGAUCAGCGUGACCGCGCGCUUUGCCGUGCAGUACCCCGACUACUUUCGGCAGAUGGUUCCGAGCAACGACGCUUGUACCCAGUUUUGGGCCACUUUGUGCGAUCACUACGAUAGCAUGGUGGUCAACAGCACCAAGAAGCUGGUUGUGCUGACACUGGCCAAUGCACUCAAUGCAUAUACGGGUCGUUCACUCAACGUCAACUACACGCAGGAAUCGACGGUGCCUCAGUUGACAGCCAUCUUUGGCGUGCUGUCUUCGGCUAUUCUGACGUUUCAUUUCCGGGGCGAGAUGGUAUUGGACUCGGAUCUGAUGUUUGUCGAGCUGUCAGAGUAUGCUGAUUUGCGCGCCUGUCAAACGUUUCGUCAGGCUAAGGUUCGACGGCCGUGCGACUUUACUGCAAUGCUUUCCUCCAGCCUUUAA